AUGCUCAACGACGAUAACAAUUCGAUUCUUCAUUCUACUAAGCAAGCCGUGCACCCUGGGUUCACAAUUCGCCGUAAAUGGCACAUAAGUUUCGCUAUCGUAGCCAUUCUAAUGUCCAUUCUCAAUGUUUUGUUUGCCAGUGGUCAAUCUAUCGGUUUAGUUCUAUUUCUUGGAAGUUUCAAUGGACUUACCGGUGUUUACUUUGUUCUCUUCUUCUGUUCACUGUCAUUCACUAUUAUUUUCUCCAUCAUGGCAGUUUGGUUUUACUACAAAGGACAAAUCACUCGUUCGAUGUUAUCGUCUCGAUGGAUUAAAUACAUGGUUUUAGUUGGUGUUUUCGACGCAGCCAAUGGAUUCUUGAUUGUAUUCAGUUCUCAUGGUAGUCGUGUUCCACCAGCCCUAUCAUCGAUUCUUGUUCAAUCAAUCAUUCCAUUCACAUUUAUAUUUUCGAAAAUUCUCCUACCAAAAAAAUAUCAUUGGCGUCAUAUCUUCAGCGUUUGCCUUGUUCUUGUCGGUGUGACAUUUAGUUUGAUACCUACAUUUAAACGCAUACACGAUGGAACAGCGCCAACAGAAUUGAAGGAUGGAUGGUACUGGCCAUUUAUAUUCAUCGUAGGUUGUGUACCCGGUGCAUUAAUGAAUAUUGUUCAAGAACAGCUACAAAUGAAAUUCACUCAAGGAGCGCGAGAACAACAAGAGAGAAUUACACGAUUUUCAGUUAUGUAUUUUCAAGCUGUUGAAUCAACAUUUCAGUUUGGCGCAAUUGCAUUGUGUUUCGGGCUCGAUUUAGUACCAGGUUUCGGUACAUCGAAAGAUAUCAGUUCUUUUUGGAGCGCAUUCUCGAAUGGAUUCAAAUGUUUCUUCAAUGACCCUUCGCUUCACGGUGGUCGAUGCAAUUAUGCUGGCGCUACAGGCGUUCUAUUUAUCGUAUCUUAUUUAGCAACAUAUAUAACUGGUACAUUUCUAACAGAUCAUGUCUCUGCUAAUUGGUUAUCGAUAUUAUCAUCGAUAUCUCCAUUAUUAGCGACGUCAUUCUGGUUUAUUUUUCCAUCCGUCAAUGCAUGGGCUGGUGUAGGACCCAUGGAUGGUUGGGAUAUUGGCUUUAGUCUUGGUGCUUUACCAAUUAUUUUAAUUGGAAUGUUUUUCUAUCGAGGUGGAGGCACUGAUCGCAAACACGAAACUGAAGAAGAUUUACAUGUAGAUGAACAUCCAGUAGAAUUGUUCUGGUAG